AUGAAAAUUAUUUCUCGUUUUUUGCUUUCUCAAUAUAUUUUUAUUUUAGGGAAAUUUUAUAAGCUGAGUAUCGCUUUGCCUGGAUCGAUUCUAAAUAAUGCGCAAACUAUGGAAUUGCGAACUUAUUUAGCAGGACAAAUUGCUCGAGCUGCAGCAAUAUUUUGCGUCGAUGAGAUUAUUAUUUUUGAUGAUACGGCUCGAAUGACCUCUGAGUUUGUUUUUUGGUUUGAAAUUUUUUUUACAAAAUACACGUAUUUUUCUGGGUCAUGGAUUGGCUCUACUUCAAUUCAACAAGGUCUUGAGUGUAAUUUCCAGUUAGCAAAAAUUCUUGAAUAUCUGGAAUGUCCUCAGUAUUUACGAAAGGCUGCUUUCCCACUACAAAACGCAUUGAAAUACUGCGGUAUUUUGAACCCACUUGAUUCUAUCCAUCAUUUGCGGCAAGAUGACCUUCAUAUGCCUUACCGUGAAGGCAUUGUGUUGGACAAGCCUGUUAAGAAAGGUCGAGGACCAUUUUGUUACGUUGGACUUAAAAAAGAAGUUCAGCUUGAUUCUGAAAUUAAUUUGCCUCCAGGAACUCGAGUUACUGUCAAAAUUGCGGAUUUUUCGUCCGAAAUGAAAAAUUUUCGUGGUUCAUUAACUAGUCCAGCGAAAAUCCGGAGUGAAGCUGGUUUGUACUGGGGCUACAAAGUUCAUUUGGCGCUUAGUUUGAAUGAUGCCGUCCACGUUAAACGUUAUGAUGUCAUAAUUGGAACAUCAGACAAGGGUGAUCCAAUCGAGAAGUUUACCUUGCCUCUAGGGGAAAAAAAUGAUAUUCUUAUCGUUUUCGGAGGUUUGGAAGGUCUGGAAGCAGCAAUAGAUGCCGAUGAAAGUAUUGAAACUAAUGACCCUGCUCAGUUCUUCGAUUUUUAUUUAAAUGCAGUGCCAGAUCAGGGUAGUCGUACGAUACGAACUGAAGAGGCUAUUCCAAUAAGUCUUACGGCUUUAAAAAUGAAGUUGGAUUCUUAA